AUCCAUACUCCCCACAAGAACAGCAGCCACAAGCAGAGGAAUAAAAGGCAGAAUACUUCAGACUCUGUUUUAUUUUUUUUCUUUCUUUUCCUUCAGUUAGCUAAGUCGUGUUUUACAGCAGCACUUUCAUCUAUCCGUUAAGUAUAUUGACAACUAAGUGGUUGUUAUUGUUAGUUGGGUCUUCUUGUAUAUAAGAGGCUUUUUUUUCUUCCUUGAAUAUACAUAUACAGAACUUCUCUUCUGUAAAACCAGCUGCAAGAUCAUUUUUCAUUUUGAUUUUACUUCUUGAUUCCUUUCUCAACAUGGCACCAGAGCGGGUGUAACAAAACACUCUGCCGCUUCUGCAUUCUGUUUGUACCUUAUCCACACACCACAUCUUCAUUUCUUGAACCAAGAAUCAACACAAGAAAUGACAGACAAAGAAGAAAAGGAAGAGAGAAUUUCCACUGAUGUAGGCAUUCAAGAAAAUGAUAAUCGUAGCAUUUCUUUGGUAUCUGCACCAUUGAACGGGAACAAUUACUUGUCUUGGGCAAGAUCUAUCAAGAUAGCCCUUGGAGCGAGAAGAAAAUUGGGUUACAUUGAUGGCACACAAACAAAACCGAUGGAAGAUAAAGAAGCCAUUGAGCAAUGGCAGAAAAAUGAUUACAUGGUAGUCUCUUGGAUAUUGAAUUCAAUAUCAAAAGAGAUUGCAGAAGCAUUCUUGUACGCAGAAUCAGCAAGGGACUUGUGGGUUGAACUCGAGAUGCGGUUUGGUGAAAGCAAUGGUCCACUCCUGUACCAAAUCCAAAGGGAAAUUGCAUCCAUCUCACAGAAAAAUUCCACUGUUGCUGCAUAUUUUACAAAACUCAAGAGGCUAUGGGAUGAAUUGGGAUCUUUAGACCCCCUACCUGUGUGCACUUGUGGAGCCAGCAAAAGAAUGUCAGAAAGAAACGCUUCCUACCAAUUGAUUCAAUUUCUCAUGGGUCUCAAUGACGUCUAUGAUCAUACCAAGAACCAGAUAUUAAUCAUGGAUCCUUUGCCUUCCGCUGCAAAAGCAUACUCCAUGGUGCACCGAGUUGAAAGACAAAGACAAGUUAAUUCUGAAUUUGCUGAAGUAGAAAAAGAAGGAGUUAUGGCGGUCCAAAUUUCUGAGACAAAACCACAAAGCAACAUGAGGACAAAUUUCAAGAAAGGACCUGCAGUUGAUAAAAGGCAACUCCAAUGUGAUCACUGCAAAAGGAAGGGACAUUUAAAGGAGGGAUGUUUCGAACUUGUGGGGUACCCUGAUUGGUACAAGAACAUGACUGAUCAGAGGAGAAUUGGCAGCAGACCUGCGAAUACAAGGAUGAAUAACCCAAGAAUGAAUCAACAAGCCAACAGUUUGCAGACAACCAUGAAUAAUGAACCUGACACUAAUUUUUCAGAAAUGAUCAGGAGAGAAAUGCUCAAGAUCAUGCAGGACCAAAAUAACAGCCAGAUGAGUUCGAACUUCUCUGAUUUCCAAGGUUAUGCAGGACCUUGAGAGUAAAAGGAUGAUUGCUGUAGGUAAACAACGAGGGAGACUUUAUGUGUUAGAAAGACAACCUCAGCAUCACAUGACAAAACAUAUUAGUUUGAACCCCUCUGCCAAUGAAGAAAAUUUGUCUGUUGGCA